AUGCAAAUGCCUUUUAGUUUAGCUGUGGCAAAUAAACAAGAAGGAGGUAAGUAUAGAAAUUCUAAAGCAAUAACUUAUUCAGGUUCAAUAUUUAUAAGAGCCCAUAAUAGUAAACAUGACAGCAGUACUGUCUACUUAUAUGGUAAAGACUUUGAUGAACUAAUAGUUAAGGAAAAAUUAUAUGAUUAUACUAAAAUGGAUGGCCAGCCUAAAUCUGUAAUAGUGAUACUAAGUGAUAGUGGUUCCAAUGAGAACUUUUUAUACAGAAAGACAAUUCAAAUAAUGAUUGAAUAUUUUGACAAAUAUGAUCUUGAUACAAUCAUUGUGAUAUACUUCACAUUAUAUCAGAGUGCAUCUAAUUUAUUAAGAACAGUUGAUGAGAAAUUAGAAAACCAUAAUUUUAAAGUAGCUGAAGAUGUUUUAACAUCAAUGUGGGAAGAUACAAUUAUUAAUGACUAUCUGAUUUUUGCUAAAUAUGUAAAUUCUUUCGAAGAACCCUACUACCUGAGGGAAAAAUCAGCAAUCUGA